UUGGUAAUACAAAAUGUACCAAGUGAUUGACAUGCAGGUCCUUUGAUAGGGACUGAGCCAGCAGUCUUUCCGCUCCAAAUCUACCUCAAAUCAGUAGCCUAAAAGUAAAACUGCAGAUAGUAGCAGAUUUUCCAGGAAAUUCAGGAGAAGCUCCCCAAGCAAAUGGCAACUGCUUGGAAAUUGGAACUGUCUUCGUUCAUACCUUGAAUAUCAUAUGUUGUUUACUAGGAAUGCUUUUCUGUGCCCAAUAUUGACAUCAUCUCAUAGUUUCAGAUUUCCAAGUACACCAAUUUUCCUACUCCAAUUCCUUUCCUGAGCUUUAACUUCCAACUAUGGAUAAACUGAGAAAUGUUUUUCCGUUCUAUAAACGAAAGGAUGAGAAGGAAGAGAGUUUAUCAUCACACUUCUGCCAAAAUGGAAGUUUACUACUGAAGGAACUAAUUGCUUGUUUUGGUGGGCGGUACGAGCUUCCCAUCCGAAGUUUCACUGCCGGAGAACUCAUCAGGGCAACCAAUAACUUUUCAGAACAGGUCAAUCAUAUUGCCCUUGAUGAUUGGAAGUUUUUCAGAGGGAAUUUGCAAGACCGGCCCAUUUUGGUUAAAUUUGGUGAGGUAGGAAGGGAGUUUCCAAGAAUCACUGAGUUUGUCAUUCGUGAGAUAGUUGUCAAUUCACAAAUGGGUCACCCCAAGAAUGUCUCACAUCUUAUAGGCUGCUGUUUGGAAUUCGAGCUUCCUGCUGUGGUGUAUGCUUAUGCUCCUGGGAUGGAAUCUCUUACUCAUUCCCUCAGCUAUCCCCGUAAUAGUAAACUACUUUCUUGGAAGAGUAGAAUAAAGAUUGCAAGUGACAUAGCCAACGUCUUGCUUUAUCUUCAUACAGCAUUUCCUUCACCAAUCAUUUUUCGGGAUUUGAAAUUAGCCAGGGUAAUAUUGGACAAUAGCGGAGUAGCUAAAUUAGUUGGCUUCAUGGUUCAAAGUCACGGUCGCGGUCGCGGUCGCGGCCUGGAACGUUCCACAUCGGUCUCGGCAUAUCGGUCACGACUCGGUGUGACUCGGCCGAGUCAAUCCGUCGCGGUGACGACUCGGAUGAUUUCUCGGCGAGUCAAGUAUUUCGGUAUCGUUUCGUCACGGUAUCGUAUCGGCAGGGGCCGAGACGGUGACGACUCGGCCGAGUCGUCUCGGUCUCGGCCGAGACUUCGAACCAUGGUUGGCUUUGACCUUUCGAUAUCCCUUCCCCCUGGAGAAAAGAAGGUUGAAGAUGAGAUUUGUGGCACUUUUGGAUACGUCGACCCUGAAUACGUCAAGUCAUGCUUUGUGACCGAGAAGAGUGAUGUGUACAGCUUAGGGGUAUUUAUCCUUCUGCUAAUUUCUGGAGAAACAAGCGUAUUAAAGGAUGAUGAACUAACAGUAGCUUAUGUCAAACGCCGCUUUGAGAAUGAUCCACUCAAACAUAUUCUGGAUCCCAAGAGUUUUGAAGAGGAAGGCUACAACGAACAUGAGAUAGAGCAGCAUUUGUUGCCUUUUACUAAUCUUGCUUUGAGAUGUACAGAAGAAAAAGGAGAAGAUAGGCCAGAUAUGAUCGAGGUUGCAAAACAGCUCCGCCAAAUCGAGAAGUCUCUGCACAAUUAUUAGCUCUACCAUCCCCAUUAAUCUAAGCUUUGGGAUCAAUGGUUUGAUGUUUUUUGCCAUCUUUUUUAAUCUCGCAAUGUCUGUGUGUUGUGUUUCCUUUAUCCAUAUUCAGACAUCUCCAGAUGUCAGAAUCUGUGCUCAUUUUGCAAAUCUCUGUAAGUAUGUUCUGGAUUUUUACACCCUUCCUUGUCUCUAGUAGCUAUUAAUGAAAUUGAAUAAGAUUUUGAGCUGCAA